UAAGAAAAUCCUUUCUUUCCUAGCAAGCUUACCAAUAUAAUAGAAAAAACAUUUCGAUCAUUUCCAUAUGGACAAGCUCUUUUUCAACUACUGUUUCGUUGGAUACUGCCUUCUUUAUUCUCUCUUGCUUGUGCAUGGCAAACAAUUGUCAUGCAAUGAAACCCCUUACCCUCGUGUGUGCAAGCAUUACAUUGAAACUACCAACACAUUAUCAGCCCUAGAUGCUUCCCCUUCUUAUUCCUUCCAUGAUAUGGCCCUUAAGGUCACCAUGGAGCAAGCCACGGAGGCUUAUAAACUCGUCUCAAACAUGGACUUGAAUAAUUUCAAGGACAAGCGAGCCAAGUCUGCAUGGGAAGAUUGUUUGGAGCUCUAUGAAAACACACUUUAUCAGCUCAAACGCUCAAUGAACUCAAACAAUCUAAACGAUAGGUUGACUUGGCAAAGUGCAUCCAUUGCCAACCAUCAAACAUGCCAAAAUGGUUUCACUGAUUUCAACCUUCCUUCUCACCUGAAUUACUUUCCCUCCAUGCUAAGCAACUUCUCUGAAUUGCUUAGCAAUUCCUUGUCCAUUAGCAAGGCUAUGACAUUGACAUCAUUCUCAUCAUCACCAUCGACCAAACAAAGUGGUGGGCGAAGGUUGCUUUCAGAUGGCUUCCCCUAUUGGCUGUCACGUUCAGAUAGAAGGCUUCUUCAGGAAACAGCAUCAAAAGCUGAUGUUGUCGUGGCACAGGAUGGGAGUGGGAACUAUAAGACUAUCUCAGAAGGUGUGAAUGCAGCUUCUGGUCUCAGUGGGAAAGGGCGUGUUGUUGUGCAUGUCAAAGCUGGCGUAUACAAAGAGAAUAUUGAUAUCAAGAGGACAGUGAAGAACUUAAUGAUCGUUGGUGAUGGAAUGGGUGCUACUAUUGUUACUGGUAAUCUUAACGCACAAGAUGGUUCCACUACUUUUCGUUCUGCUACUUUUGCGGUUGAUGGUGACGGGUUCAUCGCUCGGGACAUAACCUUCGAGAACACAGCGGGACCGCAAAAGCACCAAGCGGUGGCUGUCCGUUCCGGCGCCGACCAGUCGGUGUUCUACCGGUGCAGCUUUAAGGGUUACCAAGACACCUUAUACGUUUACGCCAACCGUCAAUUCUACCGUGACUGUGACAUAUACGGAACCAUAGACUUCAUUUUCGGUGACGCAGUGACGGUGCUUCAAAACUGCAACAUCUAUGUGAGGAAACCGAUGAGCAACCAGCUGAACACGGUGACGGCACAAGGAAGAACCGACCCUAACGAGAACACAGGGAUAAUCAUCCAUAACUGUCGUAUAACUGCAGCUGGGGAUUUGAAAGCAGUGCAGGGCUCUUUCAGAACCUUUCUAGGUCGCCCAUGGCAAAAGUACUCAAGGACUGUUUUCAUGAAGAGUGCCCUUGAUAGCUUGAUUAGCCCCGCAGGUUGGUUUCCGUGGAGUGGAAACUUUGCUCUAAGCACCCUCUAUUACGCUGAAUAUGGGAAUACAGGAGCAGGUGCAGGCACAGGAGGGAGGGUGAAAUGGGAAGGGUUUCGCGUGAUCUCCAGUACUGAGGCUGUGAAAUUCACCGUUGGAAGUUUCUUGGCUGGGGGCUCGUGGAUUCCUGGGAGUGGCGUACCCUUUGAUGCAGGUUUAUGAAACAAAACGGAUGUGUUGUGUUGUGGGGCGGAAUUGAUUUCCAAAAAAUGGAUAACAAGUUGUUGAUAAAAUAUAGGAAAAUGAAAUUGUCAUGUAGUUUGUGUUGGGUGCUUUCGAGGGUACACAAAUUGCUGUACUUUCGUCUUCCCUUGUCCACUGUCUGCAUUCCUUUUGUCGACGGAACGAAGGAGCUAUAGCUGGAUCCGAUCGAUGAUUCGAUUAUAGAUAGUAGAUAGGAUUAUACCAAUAUUAAUUGAUUACAUAUCCUGUACUUUUUCAUUGUGACAUGAAGAAUAUCCUGUAUGUAUAGCUAUAAAUAAUUGUUUGUACAAAAAAAAAACAAUUAAUUGUUGUAAAAUGGCACCAAAGUGUAUAAAAGUCUUUGAUUCAAGUUA